GAAUAAAAAUGAAAGUCCAUAUAGAGAAUCCAUAAGGCAAAUUUCUUGGAUUAAUAAGACAAUGUUGUUUUGCUUACAUUGUCAUCCAAAUAAUCAAUCUGAUGACAUUACUCAAAUAAUAUUAGAAUUUGAUAAUAAUGGACAAAUUCAGAAAAAAAUAUUUGAGAACACUAUUCAUUUUACAAAUUUUUUGCGAAGGUUGUAUUACAAUCCAACCUAUGACAUAAUUCUUUGUGAGACUAAUGAGGGUUCAAUUCACAAAGUUAUUAUUGAUCACAAUGAUCCAAAUCAUGCUGAACAUUUUCUUGUUUCAGAAACACCUAUUGUUUCUCUUCCUGAAGUUUGUAACUGGAUUGGCACUGUACAACUCGAGUCAGAAAAAAACAAAGGGGUCUUCGUGAUAGGAUUGAGCGAGCAUAAUAAGUUAUAUGUUAAUGAAAAUUUGAUUGCUGCAGACUGCACUUCAUUUAUCAUUCAUAAUGACUUUAUUAUUUUUACCACAUUGAGUCACGUCGUGAGAUUUUUACCUCUUCAUGCUAAUUUACUAGAUCUAAAAGUUCUUGAUAGUGUGAUUCAACCCUAUGAUGAGACUGUAAGAAGGGUUGAAAGAGGAUCAAAAAUUGUAUGUGCUGCGUAUUAUGAUGUAUUCUUGGUGUUGCAGAUGCCAAGGGGAAACUUGGAGACAAUAUAUCCACGCGCUUUGGUUUUAGCAUCAGUCCGAGAUUUCUUGAAUAAGUGUGAUUAUUCAUCGGCCUAUAAAGCAUGUCGGAAACAUCGAAUUGAUCUAAAUAUACUACAUGAUCAUAGUCCUGAUUUAUUUUUGAAAAAUGUACAAUCAUUUGUCACUCAAAUCAAAAAAGUUGACUAUUUGAAUUUGUUUUUGUCAAGUUUAAGGAAUGAGGAUGUAACUGUAACAAUGUAUCCUCAAAUUGGAGAUAGUUCUAAAUCUUCUUCAAAUUCACAUGACGUGUCCACAAAAGUUAACACUGUGUGUGAUGCUGUACGUGCAGUAUUAGAAUCUAUGGACACAAAAAUAUAUCUUCAAUCGAUAAUAACAUCGUAUGUUAGAAAAACACCACCUGAUUUGGAGUCCGCAUUGAAUUUACUAGCAAAAUUAAAAGGCUUGUGA